AUGAAGUUGAGCGUGCUUGUUUUAUCAGUCGGUUGCAUGCUGUGUUUAGUCUCAGCCAACACCAAAGCGAUCGAGUCAAAGUUUGUGAAAUCAAUAGCAAAACUUAACCAUCCUUCGAAAGGUGGUAGUUAUAUCGAUAAUUGUGGAUGCCAUGCGAUAGAAGGCAAGUUAAAGAUACUCGAAUCGAACCUGUUGAAGUUUAUUUUGAACCUACGUAACAAGUAUGGUGCCGUGUACAGCAAUCUGAUCGACAUGAAGAAAAACGUGAAGAGUGUGUCCUGGUACGUUGGUCAACGAAGACGUCGCACAUUGGAGACUAGCCAUAGGAUCAACGAACAGCUGUUGGGCGAUUCGGUCUUGCUGGCACAAAUCAUGCAUACAAUCAGAGAAAUUAUCAUCAGUCAGCAGAAGUCGGUAACAAAGACCUUCCUCACCGAAUCAUUUCUGGAUUUAGAAAAGCGUGUUGGUGAACCCAAACGUCCAGCAUCUGUGCUAGAUACCGUCUACACGUCUUGUGACGAUGCUCGCAUCACUCGAACUGGCACAUACUUGGUGCAGGAUGCAUUCGGUGAACCUACUAAAGUGAUUUGCGUGCUCGAAUUCCUACCGGGCGCAUACACCGUGAUCCAGAACCGCCAUGAAGGAUCGACCGAUUUCUAUCGCGGCUAUAGCGACUACAGAUCUGGCUUCGGCGAGUUCGAUGGCGGUGAUUACUGGUUGGGUCUGGACCGCAUCAACAACAUCACUGCUUCCGGUGACUACGAGCUAAUGAUCCUGCUGGAGGACUUCGAGAAGAAUGUGACCUACGCUCACUACGACAAUUUCGCCGUCGGAUCAGGCAAUGACUUUUAUCCAAUCACCAAGCUGGACGGAUACAGUGGUACUGCUGGGGAUUCCCUUCGUUCGUUGGUAGGUGUACUGUUCAGUGCUUACGAUCUCGAUUUGGAUUACAGCGAAGGUAACUGUGCCGUAUCGAACCGUGGUGCUUGGUGGUACACUGAUUGCGGUGAAAGCAAUUUGAACGGUUUCUACCUGAAGGGUCUGUCUAGUAGUACCACCGGUAUGUUCUGGAAGACUUUCCGCGGAGCAUACUACAGCCUGAAAAGGAGCCGGAUGAUGAUCAAACGCAAGGAAAUGGCAUCCACUACAGCCGCUUCGACAACGAUGUCUACCGAGAGUACUUCUAUGACAACCACAACUGGCGAUACUACUACAAUUUCCACGUCAACUACAGCUCCUGAAAGUUCAUCUACAGACGCUUCGACAACGAUGACUACCGAAAGUGUCUCUUCGACAACCACAACUGGCGAUACUACUACAAUUUCCACGUCAACUACAGCUCCUGAAAGUUCAUCUACAGACGCUUCGACAACGAUGACUACCGAAAGUGGCUCUUCGACAACCACAACUGGCGAUACUACUACA